AGAAAAUUUUAUCAAAAUAAAAACUAAUAAAAACACGAAAAUUGAUAAUUUUUCCAAUUUCCACCGGAAAAUAGAAAAUUCGCCGGAGAAAUUAAUGAAAUUUGUACCAGUUUCAUCAUGUUGAACGUCUACAGAGGUCUUCUUGGUCUGCAAAGAAUAAAUACAACGAAUCUCAUUAGAAGAUGCGCUCACUUUGAUCCUAAAAUCAGUAAACCCGAUCUGGACAGCUUACCAUCGUACGAAGUAUCGAAAGACCCCAAAGAAUGGGAUUACGUGAAAAGGCUUCUACCACAGACUGAAAUCCCUGCCCCACCGACCGAAAUCAAGAAAUAUGCCAGCGGUUGGAAACCUCAAACAGUUAAACCUGGAGAGUAUCCGUAUUACAUCGAACGAACUAAGAAUCAUUGGUUGCCAGUUCACUUGAGAAUCGGCCAUAGAGGAAUGAAAAGGCGUACUGUACUUCGCAAGAUUAAUGGAGAUAUUCAUGCGUUGGCUGAUGAACUGUAUCCUUAUUUACAAGCCAAAGUACCGCACAAAAAGCUCGGUAUGAAAGUUAGUGAAAUCAUGGGCGAAAUCCGAUUUAUGGGAGAUUUCGUUAACGAUAUCAAAGUAUGGCUUGAAGAAAGGAAUUUCUAAUUGUUUUUUGUUAGAUUUAUUAUAAUAUAUUGUUUUCUUUGUAA